GUUCACAACAACAGCGGCCUUCAGUAUUCCUGGGAUCUCUGCGGAGGAAGAGGAAGAGUUCUGUCUGUCGCUCAGAGCUGAAAUGUGGGGCAAUUUUCUGCCUGUUAUGUCCCUAGUGUCCUUUCUAAAAGGGGAGGUGUGUUACCAGAAUCUUGGCUGUUUCUCAGAUGACCCUCCUUGGUCAGGUACUCCACAGAGAUUGAUUCAUCGCUUACCUUGGUCACCAGAGGAGAUUAAUACUCGAUUCCUGCUCUACACCAGAGACAACCCCAACAACUAUCAGGAGAUCAGCGCUGGGGAACCACAAACCAUUUCCAAGUCCCAUUUCAAGACCAGUCGGAAAUCACGAUUUAUAAUCCAUGGAUAUUUGGAUGAUGGGGAGAAGAUGUGGCUCUCAGACAUGUGUAAGACGAUGCUACAAGUGGAAGAUGUGAAUUGUAUCUGUGUGGAUUGGGGUGCCGGAUCCCGGACAUUCUACACUCAGGCUGCUAAUAAUAUCCGAGUUGUCGGGGCAGAGGUGGCCUAUUUCAUCAAUGUUCUCCAGGACAAGUUUGACUAUUUUCCAUCUAAUACCCAUCUGAUUGGACAUAGUCUGGGGGCUCACGCCGCUGGGGAGGCCGGGAAGAGGAGGCCGGGAAUUUCCAGAAUCACUGGAUUGGACCUGGCUCAGCCCUAUUUCCAGGACACCCCGGUUGAGGUCAGACUGGAUCCAUCAGAUGCACUCUUUGUUGAUGUCAUCCACACUGAUAGCUCGUCCACUGCUGCCAACCUGGGAUUUGGUGGGUAUGGCAUCAGCCAUACGGUUGGUCACCUGGAUUUCUAUCCAAACGGAGGAAAACACAUGCCGGGAUGUGGAAAAGAAGAUGUUAUUCUGAAGGGGGACCUUGAUGAUGCGAGGGAAGUGUUUGCAGAUAUUGCCAGCUGUAGCCAUAUGCGAAGCUUGAAGUAUUAUAGAGAAAGUAUCCUGCACCCCGAUGGGUUUAUCGGUUACCAGAGUCCGUCAUAUGAGGAAUUUUUAGCAGGUGCUGGGUUUCCAUGUCCCAACACUGAGUGUCCAAUGAUGGGACAUUAUGCUGAUAAAUAUUCUGGACUCCCAUCAGCCAACCAAACAUUUUACCUAAACACUGGAGUUGCGCAGAGCUAUUCCCGCUGGCGGUGCCGAGUGACAAUCCAUAUUGUGGGCACACAUGAGAUCCAGGGGUCCUUAGACGUGUCUCUCCAAGGUUCCAGUAAAACGGCAGCAGUUCACAAAAUCUACAGAGGAGUCAUCACCCCGGACACUUCCUACUCUGCAUUUAUAGAUGCUGACAUCAGGAACAUCCACAAAGUGAUAUUUCGAUGGCACAGCGACUGGCCAAACAUUUUUCACCUGGAACUCGGUGCUUCCACUGUGACUGUACAGUAUGGAAAGGAUGGAGCAACGUAUUCAUUCUGCAACAGCACAACCAUGAGAGAAAACCGUCGCCAGACUCUGCACUUCUGUCCCGCGCCAAACUGACCCUGCCCUCAGGAGAUAAUGCCAUUAUAUGUUAAUAGAUCUAAAAUAAUAGAAUAAACUGAAUCUUUCUCUGAAA